AAAAAUGUCAACAAACACUUCCCCUUUUUGAGGUGCCGCCGGGCGCACCAGUCGUUAGCGUACAAAUUGUCGGGAUUUACUGUAUGUGAUUCAAUUUUGCUAGUUUUUGAAUAGUGUUGGUAAAAUCGUCACCGGAAAAGUGAUCAGAGCAGGAAAUUUUCUGGGAAAUUCUUACCCACUCAGCUGGCUUUUCAUAUACGUAUAACGUAUCUCCAGUGCAUUGUCGGUGUUUUUGUUUGGCUGCGCAGAACCAUUCUUGUAAAUCGCAGAUCGCAGCUGUUCUCCACAAAGAAGACUUCUUAGUGUCGUUUUUGUGUCUUUAAAAAAGAGAUUAUUCAAUUCCCUGAGUCUGAAUGCUUCAACUAAAUAAAUCGUGAAUCGUUCAUGAAGAGUUUCUUUCGAAUGAAAAAUGCUAUUGGGAGAUAGUUUAAAAAUCGAUUACAUCCCAAGGCCACCUAGUUCAGUGUGUUCCCAAGCGGUGGCCGCGGUUGGCAGUCGCAGUGACUCAAGAAGAGUGGAGAAAAGUGUUGGCUAGCUAGGGGAGAAGAGGGCUGACAUUACGUGCAUUAGUAAGUCAUCUCAACACCACAGCGCAAUCAGCUGCUGCUGCAAUAGGGCCUAGUGCGACACAUUCCUAACAAAGCAAGUUACAAUGGUGCGUAUGACUUUCAUCGGCGACAUGCUCAGCUACGGGUACCGAAUUCGAUCGGAUUGUUGAGCAAACCAUUCCGGAACCCACAGCAGGCCCACCAGAUGACGAACGGCGUGCUAACUUCUGCUGGAUGUCGCUACUGGACGUUGCCAUCAUUGUUUCCACUCGGGAUAACACAGAGCACGGUUUUGAGUUGAACCAGGCAAGCCACCACGCAGCCAGAAGUGUUCCCCUGUGAGAACGUUGUAAAACUCCAUCCCUCAACGAAAACAUGGACGAGAAAGGAAUAAAAUUUCUGUCAACAACUACAAAAUCACGACCAAAGAUGCCAAAAGUCGGUUGGAGGCGAUCUGUAUCAGAUCGUAUCCCGGCCCGGUUGGUGCUAUACUUCCUGUCGUGGUCCGGCUUUCUCGUGUCGUUCAUGAUGCGUAACGACAUCAACUUCGCCCUGGUGGCUAUGGUGCGCGACAGCACAUCGAAUUCGACCGUGAACAGUCACUGCGCGCCAUCGAGUUUGGCUCUGGCGGGAUCGUCGCCGGUUAUGGCAGUAGCGCCGAAUGGGAACUUCUCCGAUUUGUUGAGCAAUUUCAGCGCUACGGGUGGAGAUGAUGUGGGCGAAUUUGAACCGCCCCAACGUGAUGGAAAUUUGUACGGAGACUUCGACUGGGACUCGACGGUGCAAGCCGUCAUAAAAGGUUCGUUCUAUUGGUGCUAUGUGCUGUCACAGGUGGCCGGUGGAGUAGCAACGCAAUACUUCGGUACAAAAAGCGUGUUCGGAUGGAGCCAGUUCUUCACGGCAGUAUGCAGUUUGUGCAUUCCGUACGCUUCGGAUAUUCACUACGGAGUGGUAAUUCUGUUGCGAUCGAUUCAGGGAUUCGCCAGUGGAUUGACGUGGCCUGCAAUGUACGCCAUUGUAGGAUAUUGGAUACCACCUGUCGAGCGGAGUCGAUUCAUGUCCAGUUUCCAAGGAUUUAGUAUAGGCAUAGGGCUAACGUACCCGUUGUGUGGAUUCAUCAUUGCCCACUUUGGUUGGAGAUUGGUAUUCUAUACGACGGGGACUAUCGGAAUGGUUUGGUGCUUGUUUUGGUACCUGUUGGCAUUCAACACACCUCAGGAGCAUCCAAGAAUAACAGCUGAAGAACUGGAAUACAUCGAGUUGAAUGUAAGUGAAGACAUCAAGAAUGGUCAAGGAAUGGAAGUGCCCUGGAAAAAGAUCUUUACGUCAAUGCCAGUGUACGCUAUUGGUCUGACCACCUUUGGACGAAUUUGGGUUCACUACACAUUUAUCAUGUCCGGGCCGGAGUAUAUGCAAAAAAUCCUCUGCUUCGACAUUCAACAAAAUGGAUUGCUCAGUGGAACACCGUUCUUGUGUUCGUACUUGUCAUCGGUGCUGUUCUGCUACAUUGCCGACAUCCUGGUACACAAACAGUUGAUGACGUUGACCAACGUACGGAAGCUGUUCACUGCCCUUUCGCAGAUCGUCCCCGGGGUAUUGGUGCUACUCGUUGGAUACCUCGGAUAUAACAUUGUGAUCGUUCUGGUGCUGUGGUUCGUAGCCGUUACGUUUAUAACGGCUUCCUAUGCUGGCGCAAUGGCAAACAUUGUUGACAUUGCGCCGAAUCUGGCCGGUCCUGUGCUGGCAUUUGCGCAAACCAUUCACAUGACGGCAUCAUUCCUGCAGCCUCUCGUUACCGGAGUUAUGGUGACCGAUACGCAAAACAUCAACCAAUGGUUGCACGUGUUUGGCGUUAGCUCGGUGGUGGCCAUCAGUUGCUAUCUGGUUUUCCAAUUCUUUGGUACCGCAGAAAUCCAACCCUGGAACUAUCCCGUACCGGAUCCGGAAGUUUGUUCGACGGAUGAUUCGGCGGUCAUUGCCAACCAGCCGAUGCUCAAGGUGUCAUCUGUGAGCGGCGCGGGCUUCAACUAUAACCGCGAUGACGAAAACGACAGCAGUGAUGAAUAAAGAUCGGAUAUGACGGUUAUGUAUAGGUUUUAAUAUGGACAAAUAUUGUUAUGGGUGAUUGAGAGUUGAAAAUCGACUAGAGGUACGUAAUUUUUGAGUAUCAAGAAGUAUUGGUCAAAAACCAGUUUACAUAAUCGUUAGAAUCAUCCAAAAAUACUGGCAUAAUAGAAUAAGUGUUAUGAUGCUGAAUUGUCGGACAGUGCAUUAUCGGAUUUGCAAACUGUAUCUAUAGAGCAAACAUUCUAAGCAAUGUAGCUUAACUAUUAAUAACACUACAUGAUGCACAAAUAACCAACGCAUGUGGACCGGCAAAGAUAAAAUGGAAAGGACAGUGCACCUUUCAAUGAUAUAAUUGAAGCAAUGCUAUUGAUUUAGGUAAGCCUAUAAUAGCAGUGUAUCACCAUUAGUAAAGUAUGUGACGCAGAAUUCCAACAUUGAAUAAGCCAUUAGAUGUAGGAUACAAGUGAAACACUAUGUUUAUACUAGAAGUUAACGAAUGCACAGUUACUUAAUGACACUCGAAGAGAUAAGUCAUGUAGAGUAUUAUUAUAAAAAAGAAAAAGUGUCUUGUGCAUAUUAUCAUAUAGGUAUAUUGUGAGUAAAUGAUUCGUUUAUUAGAAGUUCUAUGAAUUAUUAAAAAAAAAGAUAUCGUAGCACUCACAUAAAAAUCAGUCUUGGAAACAGCUAAUAAAUAACAUUUGUUAUGGAUUUAUUGUUAUACCGGAUCUCACUCUUAUAGAUAUUGGCAGAAAUGUAACAAAUCUAACAAGAUGACAAAUUUUACGAAAAAAAAGUAAUACGACUGUAAGACAGCGUGUAAUAUUUUAA